GCUAUUGUUCAGAAACAGAGUUUAUCGUUUGCAAGGAUCUGGUUUCCCUAAAUAGAGUUUAAUAGAGUGCUUUUUUGUCAUAGUUUAUGUUGAUUGUGCGAGUAGCAAAUUUGUGGUACUUUGUUUUGAGUAUACGUUAAUCAGAUGUUGGAAUGUGAUGUUUGAUUAAGGAUUGUUAAUUGUUAAUGCCUUAAUGGUUAAAUUGAACUACAUUUUCACUUAUCUUGUUCAUUGCAAAAGACAAAAUUGUUGAUGAUUUUACUAAUUCAGUCCUGGAACUAAUAUGCAAAACUAUUGUGCAAUCUAUCUUGUGGAAUAUAGUUUCAUUUCCUUUUUUAUUGCUCAUUUGAUUUUGAAUUUCCAAUUGAUGUUUAAGGAUGCAUUCUCCUUGACUGUUAAUGAUAAAGCUCAGAAACUUCGAGUUGAUUGAGAUCUCGAACUUGUCCUCUAGUCUUAGGAAGAUUGAGACUAGAAGAUUGAAGGCAUGAUAAGUUUGAGUUUCAAUGAUCAUAAUUGAUAUCUGCUAUAUCAGUAAAGAUGGUUGCGACUAUACUGUUUAUCAUCCAUAAUUUAGCUUCGACAGCCAAGUGAAAAUGGAGAAUUUGCAGUUAAACUUUUCCAUUCUAAAAGUGGAAACUUCUGUUUCAUUUUCAGGUCUAAUCAUGCUGUUCAGAAACCCCUUGCUUUUUGCUUAUCCUAUUCCGUGUAUCGUUAUGUGCAUAGAGGAUUUUGUGCUUUUGGCUAGUUCUGGUGAUUGUUAGAAUAGUUGAUCCUCUUUAUAUCAAGGAUAUGUCAUUUGUCAGUAUGGAGGCUCUCAGUAUAAGUGUCAAUAUUUGGGAUAUAGUAAAAACCAUGUAUACUUUUUCUCAUUAUAUAUGUUUCAUAAUUGGUCUAUUUAUUAUAGUUUCCAAGUCUACAUCCGGAGGAGCUCAAUCUAGUGUUGUUAGCUACUAAUGUUUCUUAAUUUUUGUAUUUUAUUUUUUAUAGUUGAGAAAUGAUAAGAAUGGAGGUCUUGCCCAAGUUAGUAGUUAAGAAUUCUCUACUGUAAAUGCUGACCUUUAUUGAGUUUGAUAUGCAUAAAUUUAAAGUUGUGUCGUGGGUUUUUUAAAAAUCCUAUCGGAAAAAGGGCGUUUUGAUUCGUUUGGUUGCAAAUUAUAGAAACUGAACUGAAUUUGAUAUAUUUCUGGAUAAGUUAUUCUAUUGGAACCUAACCAAUUGCACUUUUAUGUAUCAAUAUAUAUUCAUCUUUUAUUUCUUUGAUUGAUGUUAAUUUUAUUAUGAUUUUUUUUGGCAGUGUAAAAAAGUUCAAUUUGAGGGUAACUUUGGUCCGUUUGGUCGGCCAUUUUUACAAAUUUUGAUUAGUUUGGUUUUAAAUCAAGCCUAACUAAUGGUCUUUGGUCAUCAAUGACUCACCAUACAAAGGAUUGUUGACUUGUCAAAGUCCACACACUCUCUAUCUAAUUGCAUUAAGCUUUCUGCUUUCUUAUUCAUAAACUUGUUGAAAGAAUUCUGCAAUUUGGAGAAUCAUGGCAGAAACAUUCUUGUUCAACAUCACUGAGAGUGCUCUUUCCAAACUUUCAUCCCUUGCUGCUGAGCAGAUCAGUCUGGUUUGGAACUUCAGAUCUGAGGUGAGGAGGCUCCACAACACUCUCUCCACCAUCAAAGCAGUGAUCUUGGAUGCAGAAGAGCAGCAGUUGAAGAAUCACGAGGUCCGGGACUGGCUCCAAAAGCUCAAGGAUGCUGUCUGCAACAUCGAUGAUUUGCUGGAUGAUCUCACCAUACAAUAUCCUCCGCAGAGAGACAUGGAUAUCUUGAACAAGGUAACAGGAUUCUUUUCUGGAUGGAAUUCUGUUGUAUUUAGAUUCAAGAUUGGUCAUAGAAUAAGAGGCCUGAGGCAAAAACUAGAUGAGAUUGCAGCUGAUAGGAGCAAGUUUCAUUUCACUGAGAAAGCUCAUAUGAUAUUCAUGGAUAACAAUGUGAGAGAGCAAACCCACUCUUAUGUAAGAGCUUCAGACAUCAUUGGUAGGGAACGUGAUAAAGAAAGCAUCAUACAGAUGCUCCUGACCUCAAACAACAAUAAUGAUGAUGAUCAUCUUGAUGUUAUUCCUAUAGUUGGGAUCGGAGGUCUUGGAAAAACUACGGUUGUCAAGUUGGCGUAUAAUGAUGAACGAGUGAUUCAAAGGUUCGGUCUUCGAAUGUGGGUUUCUUCCUUCUCUGAGCAUUUCACUAUAGGCAAAACUGUCGAGAAAAUCCUGAAAUCUGCCACUGGUGAGAGCUUCGGGCAUCUUGAUAUGGACCAGAUGCAGCGUCGUCUGGCUGGUGUGUUGAAUGGCAUGAGGUAUUUGCUUGUGUUGGAUGAUGUGUGGAAUCUUGACCGGAUCAAGUGGAUGGAUUUGAGGGAGCUGCUGAUGAACUGCAGCUCGGGGAGUAAGAUCAUUGUGACGACUCGAAGCAAGGCUGUAGCCGUGGUUACAAGUACUGGAGACGCUUAUAAUCUGACUGGCCUCUCAGAUGGUGACUGCCUCUCUUUGUUUCUAAAAUGUGCUUUUAGAGAAGGUGGUGAUCAGCCUCCCAAUCUAGUGGCAAUCGGGAGGGAGAUCGUGGGGAAGUGUGGAGGAGUUCCACUUGCUGUCAAGACGUUGGGGAGCUUGCUCUAUAUGAAUAGAGACGAGCACGAAUGGUUACGUAUCAGGAACAAUGAUAUAUGGGAGAUUGAUCAGCAGCAAAGUGACAUUCUGCCUAUUCUUAGGCUCAGUUAUGAGCAGUUGCCUUCCCAUUUGAGGCAGUGUUUCGCGUAUUGCUCCAUGUUGCCUAAGGGUGUUGAGAUUCCCAGAGAGACGUUCAUCAACCUUUGGAUCGCUCAAGGCUUCGUGCACUCAGACAAUGCGGAUAGGCAGGUUGAAGAUGUUGGGAAUCACUACUUCAAUGAGUUGUUGUCAAGAUUUUGCUUUCAAGAAGUGGCGUAUGCAUUUGAUGGGGAGAUCUUAGUUUGUAAGAUCCACAACCUCGUCCACGAUCUUGCACAGUCUGUAGCAGGGGUCGAGUAUGGCAAGAAAGCCGUUUCUGAUAGGGUUCGCCAUAUUUUUCUCCAAGAGGAGGAUUAUCAGCCAGGAAAAGAAGAGCCUAAAGCACUGCUUGGAUUGAGAAAUGUGAGGUCUUUUAGGUGUGCGUUCAAGGCUAGGUCUCCGGAUAAGGCCUUUGUCCGCGCCAUUGCAACAAGCUUCAAACGCCUGCGCGUCUUGAUCUUGAUCUCACUGCAGCUCGAGGAGCUGCCUAGCUCUAUAGGCAACUUGAAGAGACUAAGGUAUCUCGACCUCAGCCAAAGCAGCAAUCUCAAAUCUCUUCCGUCUUCAUUCUGCAAGCUGGUGAAUCUGCAGACACUGAACCUCAUCAACUGCGAAAGCCUUCGAGAUCUGCCCAAAUAUCUCUUGCAUUUGAUCAGCAUCAACACUCUGUACCUAACUUGCCAGAAGAUGUCUUUGGGAAAGAAAAGGUACCACAGCUUCAGCUCUCUAACGUUCUUACUGCUUUACAACUGUGACUUUGUGCAGUUACCAUCAGGGCUCGAAAACCUCACUUGUAUUCGUGUACUACGUAUAUAUGACUGCCCGAGAUUAGCUACUCUUCCAGAUAGCAUCAAGCAUCUGGUUUCUCUAGAGAAGCUGUGGGUCUGGAACUGUGAAGAGCUCGAUUUUGGCGAGGGAGACGGCGUUCAAGGGCUGACCAGCCUCGAGUCAUUGCUCUUGAUGGGGCUGCCCAGGUUGGCCAGUCUUCCGUUGGGGCUUACAAAGAAUGUCGGUAGAACACUCAAAUUUCUACGAAUCGCAAACUGCGUUGGUUUUACAGAACUGCCAGAGUGGGUCCUGAGCUUCGGUUUGCUUCAAAGGCUGUAUGUUGAAGAUUGUCCAAAUUUAGUGAUGCUUCCAAGCCUUACCCAUACUCAUAUUGCAAAGGUGCAUGUUAGUGGUUGUCCUAAUAUCCAUUAACCUUCCACAGUUUUUCAAUCAAACUGCAUCUAAGCCACUGCUGGUCUGAGAGAUUCUUGAGUAUUUGUGAUGGAAUUUGAGAAUUUUGAAUAUGAUUUGUAAUAGUAGUACUAAUUUAUAUAGAAAUUGCAUCAAGUCAAAGACCAUAAAAGGAAAAGAAUCACAACACUAUGGAAUACAAUAAAGUGGGACAUAUAGAGAUUUUUUCCACAUCGGAUUCAUAGCAAAUA